AUGAACUUUCUAUUCAAAUCUAUAUCAGGUUUCCAAUUCCCGUAUUCGCUGGAGUCCGAACCAUUGGCCUCCACGCCCAUCUGGCAAGCUGUUAACGGACAUCGAAAAUCCGACUCUCUGCCAGUGACGGUGUUCAGUUUCGAUAAACGCGCUGGAGAUGGUGGUUUAGGCGACCUAGUGGCCAAUGCUGUCUACAACUUCAAGGUAUUGAAAUUGCCCGGCAUAGUGAAGGUUUUGGACGUGCUGGAGUCGAAUCCCAGCACCAGCUAUGUGGUUACGGAAAGAGUGCAACCGUUGGAGACGCAAAACUUAAGUCAACAGGCCCUGAAUCUGGGUCUUUACCAGCUAACAGAGACCCUUGAGUGUCUUCAUAACCAGGCGAAAGUCGUACUAGCAACGUUGUCUACGGGAACAGUUUUUGUUAACGAACGAGGCGAAUGGCGUAUAUUCGGGCUAGAGUUGUGUUCAAAAUUAUCAGAUCUAACUCAUCUAAAACGCUGGGCAGGCACCUACAAGAAUCUGGUAUCAGGUACAAAACUCGAUAUUCCCGCGCUCACUACCUCCAAUGCAGAUUCUAUGCUGCUGGCAAGGUUUGUAUCCUCGGUUUAUUCGCAUCGUCCUGCCCAAUGGAACCCUUUGCUAUCAAGCCUCGAGCAGGGUAGGCUGACCCUUGCGCAGUUCAUUGCGAGAGCUAAAGAAACCCGGCCCUUCCAGUCGACCCUCGUUUAUGUCUACUUAGACCUAAAGGAGUUUCACAUCAAAGAUCCACAAGGCAAAAUUGUUGCAAUGAUGGACCUACAGCGCAAAAUAAUGGAGGACCCUAAAGCAUUGAGGGGUUGUACACCUGGAUUUGUGGAGCACUACCUGAUACCGGAAGUGGCGCAAUGUAUAGCGGCUGUCUUGGAUGUUCAAGCUCAGCAGCCAAUGGCCACAAACACCACCAGUGUUUUAUCGUUUGUGGCACUACUUUUGGAGCUUACUUGCUCUGAAGAUCCAAUUACCGAUUCAAAGCCAGUAUUUGACAAAUAUGUCAAGCCACUGAUCUUCGACAAUUUCAAGCAGCCCGAUAGACAGGUGAGAUUCCUGCUUCUAGUGUACUUUGCCAAAUAUAUCUCCAAGCUCUCUAACUCCGAGAUUUCAGACCGCAUUUUCCCACAUUUUGUACAAGGAUUGGCGGAUAACGAUGAAACUAUGAGAAUACAGACAUUGAAGCGGAUCCCAGAUAUCGUGCCAAUGAUAAACGAGCGUCAACUCAACAACGAUCUCCUGCGGCACCUUGCCAAGACCCAGGUUGAUGCUAACGUGGAGAUUAGAGUGUGGACUAUAUUGACCAUAUCGGGUCUUUCUAAGAAGCUCUCUGCAUCUAACAAUAGGUCCGGUAUAUUAGCGACGGCCUUUACCAAAUCGCUAAAAGACCCACAAAUUAAACCCAGACUUGCCGCCCUGUAUGGACUCGAAACAUCACUCGAGCUAUUCGACGUCGAAACUAUAGCCAACAAGAUUUUAACAGUGAUUGCUCCUAGUCUGCUUGAUAAAAACCAACAGGUGAGAAGCAAGGCAAAAACGCUUUUUCGCGUUUACUUGUCAAAAUUAGAGCUUGAAGCUGAAGAGAUUCCUACAGAUAACAGUGAGGAAAUUGCUGUAAAUUUUGGGGCGAGUUUUAUUCAGGACGACGCCAACGUCGUCGAUAAGUUUAUGGAAACUCUCAGAUUUUCUAGCCCACCUGUUAUGGAACAGCAUAACGGCGACACGAUUUCUAAAGCACAAAGCGACGCUGGCUGGGCCUCAGAAGAGGCUACAUGGCAGGGGACGGGAGUCUGGGAAGAUUCGAAAACAGAUGAUACAUUUGGGAAGGCGGAAACGCCAGCUAAUGUGAGAGUGUCUUCUAAAGGCAAGCCUCCAGGUGCUUCUUUUUCAGGUAACGUGAGAAUUCAGAAGUCGUGGAAUGAUGAGUUGGAGGAGGAUGAUUGGGACUCAUGGAACAAUGCUACCGAUUUACAAACGCAAACAAAGGCCCCUAAAAAAAACCAAAGCUUGAAUUCCAAACAUGUUCCGAAUAACGAAUCUCUCAUGGCCAAAGAAGAGGAUCUUUAUGACCACUUUGAGGAUGAUGCCGCCGAGGAUGGAUGGGGCGAUGAGUGGUAA